AUGGUAGAGGUUUUGACGCGCAUCAUCCCCAACAGUGUCAAGGCGUCCCAAGUUUACCUGUCGGUGGGCAGCAUGCUGAUAGGUGCUACUGCUCCGUUACUUUGCGGCUUCAUCACAAGUCUGACGGAUAACACCAAGAAGCACAGCUCGCUCAAGAAUGAGUUCACUACUGAGCUGUGCGCGCUGAAAGUUCUGAUAAGCCAAGCGCAAGCGGACAACAACGUCCGGUUUGCCAAAAUCGACAACGCCAUCAGCGCGCUGGACAUCAAGGUCGACAACGCCAUCGGCGCGCUGGACGCCAAGAUCGACAACGCCAUCAGCGCCAUCAGCUGUCUCAGGCAGGACCUCGGCGGUGUCAAGGCCACGUUGGACUUUGUGGAGAAGACCAAGGCCGUCCUCAACUGCGCGGUUAUAGGUGCUUUCCUCUAUGCGCUAUACACACGGCGCUAG